AUGCUGGGGCACAAGGAUCUGUGUGCGGUCGUGCCCCCUUUUGGGUGGUCCUCCCUGGGGCAGGAGGCGAAAGUUUACCCUGGCCUUCUGGGGAGUACCCCUGGGUGUAUCAAUCCCCCAUACGACUCGGAAGGAGAUCAGGAUGUCCUGGGCGUGCUCCCCCUGGAGCAAGGGACCAAGGACAGGGUGUCCGUCAUAGUUGCAGCAACCACUGUCAAAAGCUAUGGUCCAAGGUGUGGCUGCAGGGAUGAGAACGGAGGCCUGAUGUACCGGCUGCAUUUUGAAGAAAGAGCCAUAGGACUUGGAGGAGGCGUUGUUGUAGAAGAUCAGCCAGAUGUGAGUGCAGUAUUGUCUGCCUACAAUCAACAGGGGGACCCGACCUUGUACGAGGAAUACUACAGUGGAUUAAAACACUUCAUUGAGUGUUCCCUGGACUGUCAUCGAGCGGAAUUGUCUCAGCUGUUUUAUCCUCUGUUUGUGCACAUGUACUUGGAAUUGGUCUACAAUCAACAUGAGAGUGAAGCAAAAUCUUUUUUUGAGAGAUUUCAUGGGGAUCAGGAGUGCUAUUACCAGGAUGACCUGCGUGUAUUAUCUAGCUUAACCAAAAAAGAACACAUGAAAGGUAACGAGACCAUGCUGGAUUUCCGAACAAGCAAGUUUGUGCUGCGUAUUUCCCGUGACUCUUACCAACUCUUGAAGAGGCAUCUUCAGGAAAAGCAGAACAAUCAGAUCUGGAACAUUGUUCAGGAACAUCUUUACAUUGAUAUCUUUGAUGGAAUGCCUCGCAGUAAACAACAGAUAGAUGCUAUGGUUGGAAGCUUGGCUGGGGAGGCAAAACGAGAGGCUAAUAAAGCAAAGGUUUUCUUCGGCUUAUUGAAAGAACCAGAGUUUGAUGUGCCUUUGGAUGAUGAAGAUGAAGAAGGAGAAAAUGAGGAAGGAAAGCCAAAGAAGAAAAAACCUAAAAAAGAUAGUGUAGGGUCAAAAAGUAAAAAACAAGACCCUAAUGCUCCUCCCCAAAACAGAAUUCCUCUGCCUGAACUGAAAGACUCUGAUAAGCUGGAUAAAGUAAUGAAUAUGAAGGAAGCUGCAAGGCGUGUGCGUCUUGGCCCAGAGUGCCUGCCCUCCAUCUGUUUCUAUACAUUCCUUAAUGCUUACCAGGGUCUGACUGCAGUGGAUAUUACAGACGACUCUAGCAUGAUUGUAGGAGGCUUUGCUGACUCUACUGUCAGAGUGUGGUCUGUGACUCCGAAAAAGCUACGUAGUGUGAAAACAGCAGCAGACCUCAGUCUCAUCGACAAAGAAUCAGAUGAUGUCUUGGAGAGGAUCAUGGAUGAGAAAACAGCAAGUGAGUUGAAGAUUUUGUAUGGUCACAGUGGACCUGUCUAUGGCACCAGCUUCAGUCCUGAUAGGAACUAUCUGUUGUCCUGUUCUGAGGAUGGCACUGUCAGAUUGUGGAGUCUCCAAACAUUCACAUGUUUGGUGGGAUAUAAAGGACACAACUAUCCAGUAUGGGAUACACAGUUCUCUCCUUAUGGUUAUUACUUUGUGUCAGGGGGACACGACAGAGUGGCUCGUCUGUGGGCAACAGAUCACUACCAGCCUUUACGGAUAUUUGCUGGCCAUCUUGCUGAUGUGACAUGUACCCGAUUUCAUCCAAACUCCAACUAUGUUGCCACGGGCUCGGCCGACAGGACAAUACGUCUCUGGGAUGUUUUGAAUGGGAAUUGUGUAAGAAUAUUCACUGGGCAUAAGGGACCAAUUCAUUCAUUGGCAUUUUCUCCUAACGGACGAUUCCUGGCUACUGGAGCAACAGAUGGAAGAGUUCUGCUGUGGGAUAUUGGACAUGGCUUGAUGGUUGGAGAGUUGAAAGGGCACACGGACACUAUCUACGCGCUCAGAUUCAGUAGAGAUGGGGAGAUUUUAGCAUCAGGCUCAAUGGAUAACACAGUUCGUCUGUGGGAUGCUGUGAAGGCAUUUGAGGAUUUAGAAACUGAUGACUUUACUACAGCCACUGGACAUAUAAACUUGCCUGAAAACUCACAGGACUUACUACUAGGUACAUACAUGACCAAGUCAACCCCAGUUGUACACCUCCAUUUUACACGCAGAAACUUGCUGCUGGCUGCGGGAGCCUACAGUUCACAGUAAAUGGGGAAGCUGUAAGACUGACUGUGCCAAGUCAUCGCGGUUGUGACCUCAGGAUGUGAGACGAGGAGGAAUGUCUUGUACAGGUGGAUCCCACUAGUCUGUGGCAGGAAAAAUGAAACUAUGUAAACUAAUGCAAACAGCGUUUUUCAGCUCUGCUAUUUCGUAUUUAUCCAGUUUGAAAAUGCUGGAGGCUGACAAGACAUCGUGGCUGUAAAAGAAGGAAUUGUUCAUGGUGCUUUUGAU